AUGUGCAGUGAGCAAAUGGCCGUUAUGUCUUUUAAACAUGGUCUACGCCCGAAAAGUAAGUUGAGACAAUCACUUACCAAGCGCCCGGCCAUAGCAUUGAAAGAUUUGUGUGCCAGGAUUGAGCAGUACGCUCGCCUCGAAGACGAUCAGAUCCCCAUCGAGGUAGCGUCAGCAGAACAAACAGCUCGGCAUAAGACGAGAACGGACCAAGGAGAACACCGAGGGCUCAUGGUGAAUGAGGUGGAUAAGUCCAAAUCUCACGAAGUAGUUGUGACCGUAUUCAAGGAACCAAUCUAUCGAAUCUUGGAAAAGAUCAAGAGAGAGCCCUUCUUUGUUUGGCCGCCGAAAAUGUUGGGAUAUUCGACUCGGCGUAAUCAGAAGCUCAGAUGCACCUAUCACCAAGACAAGGGGCAUAUGACACAGAACUGCAAAGCACUGAAGCAACACUUAGAAGACCUAGUAGCAGCUGGGCACCUCUGGGAUUAUAUAGAUCAGGAUAAAGAAGUGACCGAACCGGGGAACCCACCACAAGAACCAAACAUUGAGCACCCACCUUGGUUGAUAAUAAAUGUGAUCCAUGGAACAACGACCCAAGAACCUGAAGAGGCACUGAAAGAAGAGUUUGCUAAGGCUGUGCAAAUUCAGCAGGUCAUGUCGGUAGAGCCAGCAUCGAAAAAGGUACGCUCGGCAACCAAACCCCCUUUAAGCACUGUUUCGUUUACUAGAAAGGAUUUAGAAGGCAUACAAUACUUACAUACUGAUGCACUGAUUAUAACUGUGGAAAUUGGGAAACGGUUUGACGUAAAACGAGUCCUAGUAGAUCAAGGCAGUGCAGUAGACAUAUUGUAUUAUGACUUGUUCAGAAAGCUUGGUCUCUCUAAGCAGCACCUCACCCCAGCGGUAGCUCCAUUAGUCGGCUUCAAUUCACAGCCAGAGUGGCCACUUGGCAAAAUAGUGUUGCCAGUUGUGGCAGGAACGAAGACCCUCCAGAUAGAGUUUCUAGUUAUUAAUACACCUUCCCCUUACAACGCCAUACUUGGCCAUCUAUGGAUCUACCAAAUGGAAGCAGUCCCUUCAACCUACCACCAGCUCAUCUGUUUCUCAACGAAACACGGAGUAGAGCAGAUCUCAGAGGAUCAAGUUGCGUCCAAACAUUGCUUCAUGGCGGCAUUGAAGGCCAAGCAACUUUGUAACUGGAUACAGACAGUGGAAGUGGCCGAGCAGCCAGUUUUGGAAGAUGUAGGGGGAGCUCCAGAGGAAAAGAUGGUAGAGGAUUUAGAGAAAGUCCUAGUAAAGGAGCAUGAUCCAGAAAAGUACUUCCUUAUUGGUACCUCGCUAGGCGCUGAUGAGAAACUUCAGCUGCUUGAACUGCUGAGGGAAAAUAUGGAGGCAUUCACAUGGUCAGCAUACGAUACUCCAAGGUUAAGCCCAAAAUUUGCUUGCCAUAAACUCAACAUUAACCCUUCAGCUCGGCCUGUUGUACAGAAAAGUCAGAGGUCCUCAGUUGAGCACACUGAAGUAGUAAUUGCCGGAGUCAAAAAACUCCUGGCAUCGGGAGCGAUUAGAGAAGUUCAAUACCCAUAA